CCCUUGACUCCUUGCCAGACGUGCCUAGCUGGAAACCUUCCUCCAGAUGGAGCAGACUAGAAAAGGAUGUGCAUGAAGACAGUAUGAAUGCCAGAUCUAUAGUGGAGAAACUCUUGGCUAUUUUUCACUGGAAAAACCUGAUGAUCUUGUUGUUUGUGGGUCUGUAUGUGCAGAGCCUAUACUACUCUGUGAUGAAGUCACGUGAAAGCCAGGCUGAGAAGCGCCUUGGUGCUUGCAGAAGACGCUUUGUGUGGAGAAAGCCUUUUCUUGGAAGAUUAAAUGAUGCUCCAGUAAAAGAGCACAAGAAAGAUGUGGGUGAGAGAACCAGCAUCCGUCUCUUCUUCCCUGAAUCAGCUCUGUCCAAUCCUCUGGAAAACAAUGACGAGGAGACACUGCUGGUGUUUGUCCCAUUCAAGCCACUGGAUUUCCUCUGGCUGAGGGAGGUAUUGCUGAAAACAAGGAAUAAGACAAAGGUGGGGUUUUGGCGCCAGCCCCCUUGGGAAUGGAAUGGGAAUGUCUCCCAGCUACGUAUUCUCAACCCGUAUGUCACCUAUGAAGCAACGUACAAACUGCUGCAGUUGAACACGUGGAGUGGGAGAUAUGCCACCACAGGAAUCAUUGCUUUGAACUUAGCCCUCCACAUGUGCCAAGAGGUCAACAUUGCAGGCUUCGGUUACCCUGACAACCACGACAAUACUACGCCAAUACACUAUUACAAUACAGGUCGCUCCCGGGAAAAAGAGGUACUAAUCCAGCACAACCUAACGGCUGAGAGGAACUGGCUGCUGAAAAUGAUCAAGCAGGGGGUGAUUGCUGACAUAGCUAACCCUUCCUUCCAGGCCCAGAACCACUGAGAAGCUGCUUGCUGUCCUCCUGCAGACACCGCUGGUGGUCCCAGCUGGGCUUUGCCCUUGUUCCAGGUUAUUUUGAGCAGAAGCAUCCUUUUCCAUGUGGGGUGGGAAAUGAAUGUCUGAGAUUCAGAGCACUUGUCCUUUCCACUGCUGGCCUCCAGCUUUCACCAGUGCCUUCCAUGCUGGAGGAUAAGGUGUGUCACACAACCCUUCUGCCUUGGGUAAUCCCCUCCUGUUUUGGAGACUGCCAUCCUUUACUCGCUGGUUAUUUGUAUAAAGCA